GGCUACGACCCUGCUAUUGUUGGGAUCCAGUUAGCGGCUAUGUGGCCAUCGCUCAAUGACGAGAUUUUGAACAAGCCAUUGAAGGGCAAGCAAUCAUCUCCCUCUCUGCAGCCUCCGAUAGAGAAGCUGCCACCUCCUGAACUCAAAGCUGAUGGAACUUUAAGAUUUCCGUGGGCUGCAAGACUAAGUCCUCAAUCGCGUAAUCUCUACCGGACAGCUACGCCAACUUACAGACUCGAUGGUACACCAGAAGUAUCUAUCCCUUCUAAAGUGCUUAGACUAGGACCUGAGAACAAAGAUGAAUAUAUCAUAGGAAAGUUCCAUAGGUGUUUUUUACCUCCGGGCGGUCUUGUACAUGCUGUAGUAAACAAGAUUUGGGGCAGGAGUUGUAAGAUUACUUGUAAGAAGGUUGGGGAUUCAUCUUUUAUGUUCCAUAUCCCUCACCAACCCACUCGUCAAUGGAUCAUUCAGAGAGGAGUUUGGCAUAUUGAUGAUUGCUUACUCUUUGUACUUCCGUGGAUUUCAGAGGGUUCUUUCAAAAUUCCAGAAAUCUCCACUCUCCCAAUUUGGGUCACUCUGAAGAACAUACCUGAUUGCUGCUACUCCAGAUUAGGAAUAAGCCACGUCGCCUCAGGUCUUGGAGAGCCUAUUCUAACCCAUAAGCCUCGUCUGGAUCCUACUAGUAUGGGAGAAGCCAAAGUGUUAGUAGAAAUGGAGUUGGAUAAGGUUUUUCCGAAGCUUAUUGCCCUUGAUGAUAAACAGAGCAGUAUUUUCUUGGUUAAUGUGGACUAUACGUGGAUUCCUUCAACUUGUGAAAGAUGUGGAAACUUAGGCCAUAAAGCGAAGAGAUGUCUUCUCCCUUCUAAGCCUCAACAUGAUCCAAACUUGCAGCAAAAAGAAAAGGAUGAAAUUAAUGAUGAGGUUCCUGUUGUGGAUAUUGAUCUCAUCUUACAGCAAAGAGAAAAGGACACUCCCUCUUCAGCAGCUCCCUAUCUAAACAACCCAUUGAUUAAUGGUGCUUCCCUGACUGCUGUUUCAGCACAUGAUAUUCCUCUACUUCAUCAAAUGAAAGAGCUCAAUGUCCCUUCUGUAGUUUCAGCCGCUCAAAUAAGCCAAUCCUUGCAAUCUGAUUUGGAGGUAGCUCCUCCUCUCUUUACGGUUUCUUCUGAUGUUUCUGUGGAUUGCCAAGGUACACCAAACAACACUUUAUCUCCAUUAGUAGAUUCUCAAUCUACUCCCAUUACCGCAGCCAUUAUGGAUUCAAUUCCAUCAAACAUUAUCAACAAGAAGAAGUGGAUGAAGUUGAGUCAGAGCAUAUGAGCUCUCUCAGCUUGACAAGGGGUGGGAGAGAGACAAAACCUCCUAUCAAAUUUCAAGAUUUGGAAUGGAAGACAAUGCAAGGAAAAGGUAAACGUGGCCGACGUGGUCGUGGAUCUUCUCGCUAGCUACUCUCUUUCAUUUCUUUGGUUCUUUCUAGUUUUGGCCUAAUACCAUUUGGUUUGAGACUUAUUUAAUCAUGAAAUGUGUUUCAUGCAAACUUUACCAAACUCUAAGGUUUUGUAACCUUAUCUUGUAAUCGUUUAUGUUUUUAAUUGAAAGCCUUUAGUCAAAAAAAAAAGUACAUAUUCAGUAAUUAAAAUAAAUAAGAUAUAUUUCUUACUCUGAUUCUGAUUCCAAAUUCGUAACCAAUUCGUUAAGUUGUCUAUGUCCACUGAAGAACUGAUAUGCGUUUCCUAUCGUAGGAGCUCCAUCUUUGUCUCUCUCAGCCUAGAGUAAGAUGUAGUAAAUUCACAUUUCAACUAGCUACUAAGUGAAACCAUGAAAUGAAGAUUAAAAGUUUAAAACAUACCCUACCAACAACAGUCAAAUACGUGCCAAUCUCAAGAACUUGAGAACACUUUUUACAGUCAAUAUCAGUAAUCUAAAAAGAAACACCAACAUUGUUAUUUAAGCCCAGAGAAGAAAAAAAAGGAAUUACUACAGGACAAGUACCUUGAUUUUUUUCAUCAGAAACAUGGCUUUUAAAGUAUGCAAUGAUUGGUUCAGUAGAGCAGUACGUUUUUAAAGUAUCAUAAAAUCCUGCGGCAUAUUGGUAAUUCAAUACAUAGACUCGAGCAGUACCAUCAUCCUAUCAUCGUUAAAAUAGAAGCAACUAAUUACUUAAAAGGCUAUAUGUUUGUGAAUUUGAGGAAAAAAAAAAAUAAUGUCAUUUAUGAAAACAUAUCUUACCAAAUACCAAGGAACUUCCUUACGGCUCACAAAAAUGGUUUUAGAUUCCUGUACUGCCGAAUCAAAGAGCUUCGUCUCCUCAAACUUAACUGAAUCCUGAAGGAGCACCAACAAAAAUUAUUCAGUCAAUAUCUCUCUUGGAUAGAUAAAAAAAUUAAAAAAGGCAACACAAAUCUUUACCGUUUCCUUGCUGAUGGUUCUGCUCGAGUCCGGUACUGCCGAAACAAUGAGAUUCAUCUUCUUUAGCUCAAGUGAAACCUGAAGGGGCAUCAACCAAUAUUAUUCAGUCAAUGUCUCUUUUGGAUAGAUAAAAAAAAAGGGAACACAAAUCUUUACCAUGUCCUCGAUGAUGGUACUGCUCGAGUCCGGUACUGCCGAAACAAAGAGUUUCAUCUUCUUUAACUCAAGUGAAGCCUGAAGGAGCACCAACCAACAUUAUUAAAUAUUAAGUCUUAGUCAAUGUCGCUCUUGGAUAGGAAAAAAAAAGGCAACACAAAUUUUACCCUUUCCUUGACGAAAACACCCAAACGGCUGUUCUCCACGGUUGAGUUUGAUCCAACUGUUCCAUGUACCACAACAGUGGGGUAUUCUAUCUUAUUAUUUUCAAGAAAUUCCCCUGAAAUUUUUGGAAAAAAGCAUCAAUUUUACAAAAGCAAAAACAUACCGAAUCCUUUAGAAAAACAUCAACUUAUAAAACCUUCCCAAUCCUUUCAGGUCAUUCACCGGUAUAGCUCGACGUAAAAGCUUACAAGUCCUGAACGGAACAAGUAGUCGAAAUCAACAGUGAGCAGAUCCGCAGAUACAUUUUAUUUAGGAACUGACUAACAUCUUUUUGCUACUGCUUGAAAAUUUCAUUAGGGAGGCAAAGCCAAUGCAUAAAGCGGCGGCUGCAAGAUCCAUCAGACUGCAACAAACGGAUAGGGACUUUUUAUGUUGAACCGAAGGAAUAAAAUCAAACACGGGCUCAAAUAUGUACCGCCGAAAGAUGCGCUGAUGAAUGAAUUCGCCGAAAUCUGUAAAUAUUGAUUGCGAUAAUAUCAUAAUAGUAAACAGGUCAGGUUCGGUUAGAGUGUUUCUGGGUUUGGAUCAGGUUCAGUAAAUAUAAAGUGAAAUCCGAGUAUGCCGGAUAUCCAUUCGGCCGUUAGUUUCUCCCCAAAUUAUGUAUCAACCACCACAUAUGGAGUUGCAUGUUUAUUACGUAUACAUGCAUGAUUUAGUGUUUCAUACGUUUCAUUUUAAACAUUUUCAGAAAAGGUCAAUUCAACUAUGUUAGGCUAUUAAAAUAGAUUUUUUUUUUGUUCUCUAUUGGUUCUUUAUAAUAAAUAGAUGUCAUAUUUUUCUGUUAUAAAAAGGAUAAUUUUACUCUAUAUAUAAAGUUAAAAUAAUAUUCUUAUAUAAUAGAGAAAGUAUAACAUUUCAUUAUUUUAGAAGAAUAUACUAAAACAAAAUGUAUUUCUAUUUUAAUCUUUUUAAUAAAAAAAAAUAGAGAUAGAUCGAAGAUGAUCUUGCUAAGUAAACGUAUUAUUCCAAACUGUCUUUUAUGCUGCCUCAAAUCAAAUAGAAAUUCAAACCCAAUGGCAUCUAUUUAACUAGUUACUUUUUGAAAAGGUUGAAAUUGUUUUUUUCUUUUUGACAUAAAUUGAAAGUCAUUAUAUUUCUCAAAACAAAUCCAUAUAUGAAAAAGACCGGUUUUGCGUAGAAAUUGUUAUUACACGUCAACAUUAUUUGUAUAUAAUACUGAACGUAUACUUUUUGAAAGCGAUGUUGUAAUUCACUACGACAACUGAAAAGCAAAUAUCAACAUGCCAAGGUCAGGUUAAGUCAUUUUUUUCCCUCUUACCGUGAAAGAUUUAAAUAGUUAGUAUAUUUGUAUGGUCCUACACCCAAUUCUUUAAACAAAACAGUAAUGAAUUGCGUGUAUGAUAAUGUAAAAAUAAAAUCAUUUAGUUUAUAUCAUAUUCAGAGUGUUUUUGUUACAAACACGUAAUUUUGUACGCUUUCGUUCUUUUAUUAGUUAGUAAUCAUAGGUAUCUAACUAAGUAACAAGGGACACCUAAAACUUACCGAAAGAGGAAAAGCAAA